AUGACCAAUCUCAACUACACAAUGGGAAAGAAGAAUAACCGUAACAACAGUGGCAAUUCUUCACAACAACGCUCUGCUCGUAACAAUCACACUAUGGGAAAGAAGGAUAACCGUAACAAUGGUCAGUCCUUCUUUUCAAAGGCUCCAAAUACUCAUUGGAGAAGUUCUGGUGUAUCUUCCACUAGUUCAAACGGCGGCAUUGGAAGAAACAACCCGUCUUCCCAUCCUUCAGACCGUUCUCAAUUCGAAAAGAGUCCAAUUCCAAAGGACUCUCUUGUUGAACUCAUGGCAGUGAAAGAUGUUAAACAACUUGUGAUUGUCAAGGGAGUCAUUACAGAGGUCUAUCCUGAGGCUUUUGCAUAUGCUUUAUCUGACCACACCUCCACCAUUCGUGUGGAAAUACGUCCAGAUGAUGCUAAGAAAGCAGACGACAAUGAGAACCGGUUGGAAGUUGGUACUCGGGUGCAAUUAAUGGUUAACAGGGAAAACAAAAUUGAUUUUAUUUGUUGCUCGUCUGAAGAUUCUUGCAAGAUCUUGGGGAAUGUCCUCUUGGAGAAUGACCACUUGGAGAAGGAUCGCGCGUUGGUAUCUUCUGAUUCUGUUGAUCCCUCUACAAUGCUCGUUGAGGGAUGUGGUCUUUUAAUUUAUGUGAAACCUCUCUCGAGCUUUAUUCUCAUCAAAGGGUAUCCUCACGAAGUUGGUGCUCUUUAUUAUGCUGCUCGCUAUGAUAAAAUAAGGGAAGAUCUUGUUGAGGAACAAAUGAGUCGAUUGCCCGUGGGCAUGAUCACCAAUUUGGAGGAGAGCAUCGACAAGAAGUAUAAAACAGUGCUGUGA